CACCAGACCGGAUGCAACCGGAUGAUCUGCCUCAUGAGUAAUAGUACGAUUAUGUCGAUCGAACGCUGUUGAUAUUAUCGUUUUUGAUAUAACAAGUUUCCGCGAACGAAAAAAGAUAAAAAUGAUAGGAUCAUUGCCUAUAUUUUGAUUACUAGAUAGUGUACGAAGUAAACGUAGCAGUUACGCAUUCGAACCAUAUUACGGAAUUCUUUAUCUUUCGAUUACUCCAGAGACUCUUUAUUUAUUAACCUAACGAGACUUGUAGGAACUUCGAAGAGAAAGUACGAUGGUUAACAUUAAUCCCAGAGUGUUCUUCGAUAUAGAAGUGGGCGGUCUUCCCAUGGGCCGCAUGAUUUUCGAGCUUUAUGCAGAUCUUUGUCCGAUAACAUGUGAAAACUUUCGUGCCCUGUGUACGGGGGAGAAGGGGCUUGGAAAAACGACUGGCAAACCGUUACAUUAUAAAGGAAUUGUUUUCCAUAGAGUAGUUAAAGAUUUUAUGAUCCAGGGUGGUGAUUUUUCAGUAGGCAAUGGAACAGGAGGAGAAUCAAUUUAUGGAGGAACGUUUGCAGACGAAGAUUUCAUUGUGAAACAUAACAAGCCAUUUUUAUUGUCAAUGGCAAAUCGUGGUAGAGACACGAAUGGUUCACAAUUUUUUAUUACAACACAACCAGCGCCUCACCUCGACAAUGUCCAUGUGGUUUUUGGAGAAGUAGUAUCUGGCCAGGAAGUUGUAAGGCAUAUUGAGGGACUUCCAGUAGACCGUAUGUCUCGCCCGUUACAAGAUGCGAAGGUUGUAAAUUGUGGAGAACUGGUAUUGAAAGUCAAGAGUAAAACAAAGAAACAUGAAGCGAAGGAGGAUAGCAGUUCGUCGGAAUCGGAUUCUGAUUCGUACACAGAAAAACCGAAGAAGAAAAAGAAGGCUAAAAAGAAUAAGAAAAGAGCAAAAUCCGAGGAUGGCGAGAUUCAUGAUUCUAACGAGGACGAUCUUGGAAAACCGCAUCCCCUUGUAUCGGUGACAAAAAUUGACCCAGAUGAAAUUCCUGAAGUGCCUGCUAAUAAGUUUCUGUACAGAGCAGGGCCUACUAAUAAUGCGAAUCAAAAAGAAUUUAGGCAACACUAUGGUCGAGAUCGGGUACGGUCGCAUAGAAAAACUGGUCGCAUGUUUAAAGGAAGAGGAAUAUUUCGGUACCAUACCCCUUCGCGUAGCCGUUCAAGAAGCGUUACGCCACCGCAUUGGAAACAGGCUCAAAACCGGACUAUCAAAUUGCACGAGUUCCAAAAGAUGGAGAAGGAACGUUUAAAGAAGGAGGAAGAAUUGAAGAAACGCGAGGCCGAUAGAAUUAAAAAGUUUACUGAAAUUCCGGAUGAAGAUAAUCCUGCGAUGGACAAGUUUGACGAAACCGAAGCGCAAGUCGCAGAAGAAUUGGAGAACAAGGAGAACGAUCACACGGACGAUAAAAAGAGUGGCAAUAAAGACAUUGAUCAAGACCAAGACAAUUUGAAUAUUAGUUCGGACGUUAAUGAUCCUUUGGCAAAGGACAAGCUGGAUGGGAAGCAUAAAAAUGACAAGUUAAUGAAGCGCGAGUUACAUCGAUCGUACGGUGAUAAAUCCGCGCGACGUGACUCGCGGGACAGAAGCCGAAGGCGUGGAAGUGGUCGAUCGAGGUCGCGUGAACGACGAAGAUCUCGGGACAGGGAAUACGAUCGCAGGAGCAGUCGUGAGAGAAGAACCAGAAGGAAUUAUUAUCCGCGGAGACGGGAUGCUUAUAGAAUGAACAGACCCGGCAGAGAUAACUAUAGACAUUACGAUAGACGCAACGACUAUAGAAGGGCUAAUAACUCGAACUCAAAUUACGAGACAGACAAAAAUCGCAAGAAAAGUGAUAACACCUCGGACUCUAACAAUCAACCGAAAUUCAAACGUCGAUCACGUUCAACUAGUUCUAGUAGUCAACACUCCAAAGACUAAAUGCAAUGUUUCCACUUACAAUUUUUCUCUACAUAAUAAUACAACAAGUGAAUUAUAAUUUA